AUGGUGGCAAAAACGGCAGCAAAAGCCGCGUCAGCGAUUGUUACCGUAGAUGCUCUUCAAAAGGAGACCAUCACUGAAGUUGCUUCGAAAUUCUGGGCACCUUUUUCGAAAACACAUGCACCAUAUUCUGCUCCACUAGUAGACACAAUUUAUCAACAUGAAAUGAUAGAAACACACUUCAAUCCAAGGAAAAUAAUUAUGCUAGAGUUCAGCCAGUAUCUUGAAUGUUAUUUAUGGCCAAAUUACACCGAACAGGCUAGUGUAGCUCAUGUGAUGUCCAUUGUUGUCAUGCUGAACGAAAAAUUCCGAGAGAGAAUUGAUGCUUGGCAGGUAUGGUCCCGUGUGAAGUUCGAUAUUGUACGCGAAGAGUAUGAGACACAACUCACUCACAUUAUCAAUUUGAUGAAUUAUAUUGCCCCAGUCAACGGGAAGAUAGGUUUCGCACGGCCUAGCAAGAAGUUGCGGAAGUACUGGACAAAUUUGUCGAACAAAAUUGUUGCCCAAGAUGCUGAAGACACUGAAGAGUCUCGUAAAGCUCGUUUCGAAAGGAAUUAUCUCUGGAAUCUCAUAGCACGCUUCAAGCGCACUCUUGAUCGCGUCGAUGAUGAAAGCAAAGAAAUUGACUUGGAAGAAAUCCGAUACUGUGAACGGUUUAUUGAGCUGAUGACCGAUUUGGAGGCAUUGCUCCCAACGAAGGUCUGCUGCCUUACUUUUUUUUUCUGA